UAAAAUUAAAGAGAACAAAUUAUAAUUUCUAACUCGCAUUCGGGGACUGAGUGUUUGUAUUUGCACAAGGCUGUGGCUGUUAUUUUAUUUAUUAAGAAAUUUCGGUGUUGUGAACUAAUUUUCCAAGCGAAUGGAUCUAGCGUUGAGUGAUACUUUAACAAACAUGAAUAGUUAUCCAGAAAAUAUAACAACAAGCCUAGAAAACAGCAGAAAUUGUCUUCGUCGCAUAGCCCGCAACGAUGACACAGAAUUUUCCCAUCAAAGUAUUUUAAAUGUGAUGGAAAAAUUCGUUAAGACUGUCAAUCAGAUGGAUGAAACAAUCUUGGUGCCUUGUCGUUUGAUGGACCAAAAGGUUGGGGAUGAACACGAUCCAGCUUGUAUCCGAUAUUCAAAAAUAAAACCUCCACAGUCAGUCCAUGAACUGUUCAGUUCCACUGAUCUAUUUGAAAUUUAUAAUAUGUUAAAUGGAGUUAAGGAUGGACUUUUGUGGGGCCAAACACAGGACCAACAAGGAACAGUUUCAACUGUUCCAAAAAUGAUCCUUACAACUUCGUUAACCAAAGGUCACUUUCGGAGGCCGUCAACAGUCAGUGUUACUUCUACCAAUUCUUCAAGUUCAACUAUGAGUGAUACUGAUUCCGAAUCUGGUAGUAAUGAAAACGACUCUGGCAUUGAAGAACCUUCUGUACAAGAAGAAGGCAAGGUGGAUCGUGUCGCUCAUAACUUCAGAACACAUCUUCAUGGGCUGACCAGCUCACUUCGACAAAUGACUGAAGCUGCACAGUACCUGACUUGGCGUUACCAAUAUGACAUUGGUGGCCCAGUUUAGAUAAUAUAGAUAAUCUAGGUCAAUGGAUAACAAAAUCGGAUGUGCCUGUGCGAAAGAGAGUGUGUUAUGGGUUUUUGCAAAGAGAUGCAUGGCCUAUUUAUAUAUAAAUUAGAUUACCUAUUUUUGCUCAUCAAAUUAUCAUUAUAUUUAUUUUAGUUGUAGUGUCAUUAUUUACCUCUAUUUGUUAAUUUAUAAAUAAAGUAUUAAACAUUUAA